GUUCUGCUUACAUAUAUAAUUUACGCAUACUUAAUAUACACCAUCUUUUUGCGAGCAAAUUGCAAAUACCAUGACCAUUCUGGGACUAAAAAAUAACAACCAACAGAUUGCCGCGAAGGUUGGCAAACCUAUUUUCAUCAAUCUUGAAUCCAACCCCACUACUGGCUACAAUUGGUAUCGUGCUGGGUAUGAGAAGUUGGAAAGUCAAAGCGAUGAAAUUUUGAGUAUUAAGAAGGUCUACCGCAACAGCGAAACUAAUCUGGUGGGAGCGCCAGGAGUUGCUGAGUUCACAGUUACGCCCAAUAAACCUGGAUCCCACGCACUGCAUUUGGUUUAUCGCCGCGUGUUUGAACCUCCAAGCGAAAAUAACAAAAGGUUUACUAUAAACCUGAAUGUUGAAUGAGAUGGUAUAUACAUGUGAACUGCGUGGGGGUAUCGCUAUAUGAUAACUAAUAUAUAUAUAUAUUUAUGCAUAUCUUGAUACAUAUGAUUAUCUGUGUAUAGCGAUUUUCAAAUACACUCUACACUUAAAGAGUAGAAUAUUAAAUCAAGAAAAUCUAUAUUCUUUCUUAUUUCAAGGGGAAAAUCUUACUCUAUGCUUGAAUUUAUAUGCAACAGCUAAAAAAGAAAAAAUAUGUGAGGGUCACUCUGAGAAGUUUAUCAUAUUUAUGUAUCUAUCAAUUGAAAAGUGUUGCGGCAUAAAAGUGAUUUGUGACAAUUUGAUAUUUUAAAAAAUUACUUCAAAUAUAAGGGUAAGGUUUUUAUUUUAUGGUCGAAGCACAAAGUUAUUUUUAGACUAUUUUGGUUGUAGUUCUUUCAAGGAUGGAAUGAGCAAUUUUUUAUUUUAUAAAAUAUCAUUGUCAAAGGAAUAUGUUAAGUGGAUUCUCUUUA